CCCAGCGCGCUCGCGCACACACUCAGGAGAUCAAAUCGCACUAACCAAAGUCCCACCGAUUCUUUCCUAGAGACACGGAAACGCAAUAAACUGAUCCAUAAAUCAUGAGCCUGUUUUUGUUUUUCCUAAUUCUGGCGUUUUGCAGAGAUGCCGUUCAAGUGCAUCGCAGUGCGCUAAAUGAUUUCCAGCGUUCUGAAGGAAGAGAGCUGGUACCACGGAAAGUUGAUCGUGUCACUCUGCUCCCUGGCAUUACACUGGAGGAAUGUGCCAAACGCUGCUCAGAGAGCCUCGACUGCAGGGCUUUCAAUUAUGUCUUUCGUCCAUCUGUGAUCUGUAAGCACUUGCCCUGGGUGGGCAACACAGUUAAUGCAGAGGUGAAGAGAAACGUCAACUGUGACCUGUAUGAGAUGAAAGUUUAUGUCAGGAAGUGCAUUAUCGGUAAUGGAGAAGACUAUCGGGGAGAUGUGUCUAAGACCAUGACGGGGCGGACAUGUCAACAGUGGUGGUCAAAGUUUCCUCAUGAUCACAGAUAUACUCCUUCCUCCACUAACGGCUUGGAGCUAAAUUUCUGUCGUAAUCCAGAUGGAGACAACAUUGGACCCUGGUGCUACACCACAGACCCCGAGCGCAGAUAUGAAAGCUGUAAUAUCCCACAGUGUAAAGACGAGGUGUGUAUCACCUGUAAUGGAGAGGACUACAGGGGUCAGGUUGAUCGCACAGUGAGUGGAAGAGAAUGCCAGAGAUGGGACCAGCAACAUCCACAUCAACACAUCUACCAACCAGAAAAAUACCCUGACAAGAGCCUGGAUGAUAAUUACUGCCGGAACCCUGACGCUUCCCCCGUGCCCUGGUGUUACACCACUGACCCGGAGGUAGAGAGAGAGCGCUGUGACAUCCGCAAGUGCGCGGAGAUUCAAAAACGGCAUUCCCGCUCCAGCUACACCACAAAGUGCUUUCGGGGCCGUGGGGAGGAUUACAGAGGCAAAGUGAACGAGACGACUUCAGGCAUCCCGUGUCAGCGCUGGGAUGCACAGUUCCCCCAUGAGCACCCAUUUUACCCACACACUUAUGAGUGCAAGGGACUGGAAGAAAACUACUGCCGUAACCCAGAUGGUUCUGAGGCUCCCUGGUGCUUCACAUCCAGGGCUGAGAUGAGGACGGCCCUCUGUUUACAGAUCAAACGCUGUGCUGAUGACAUUGAGGCUGAAGAUUGCUAUAACGGAAACGGAAAAAAUUACAGAGGAACUGUUCGCAAAACACGGAAGGGUAUCCUUUGUCAGAACUGGAGUGUUAACACACCACAUAAAAAUAAGAUUAACCCAAGGACACAUCCAGAGGCCAAUCUGACAGAGAACUACUGCAGGAACCCAGAUGCAGAUCUGCACGGACCCUGGUGCUACACUACCGACCCCAAAACUGAAUUUGAUUACUGUGCGAUUAAGCAGUGUGCAGGGGAGGAUCCACCUAUCAUAACGCCACCCGAGGGUGUAGUGUUUAAUGAAUGUGGGAAGCGUGAUGACCGGAUGGCGAGAAGCAAGCUGAGGAUCGUUGGUGGCACGCCAGGAAAUUCUCCAUGGACAAUCAGCCUAAGAGACAGGAAAGGAAAGCAUUUUUGUGGAGGAUCACUGGUGAACUCAAAAUGGGUGAUUAGCACUAAGCAGUGUUUCUCCUCAUGCAGUUAUGUGGACCUCACAGGUUAUACUGCAAUCAUGGGCACCGUGUUCCAGCAGCCAAAGGAAGGAGAACCCGGCACACAGUCAAUUGCUCUGAACAAAAUUGUCUGUGGACCUUCAGAGUCGCAUCUAGUCCUGCUACAGCUAGAAACUCCUGCAGAGUUUAAUGAACGUGUGUCUCAAAUAUGUCUUCCGCCUGAGCGCUACAUCGUUCCAGACGGAACUACCUGUGAGAUUGCUGGUUGGGGGGAAACCAAAGGAACAGGGGAUGAAACAGUGCUAAAUGUUGCUCGGAUGCAAGUGCAGAGCAACAGCGAAUGUAACAAAUACUUCAAAGGGCGUGUGAAACAGAACGAAAUGUGCACUACGUCUUUUUAUGGUGGAGUGGGAGCUUGUGAGAAAGACUAUGGAGGCCCUCUGGCUUGUGAGAACAGUGACUGCUGGGUCUUAGAGGGAGUCAUCAUCCCUAUGCGUCGCUGUGGCCACCUAGGCCAACCCAAUAUCUUUAUCCGUGUAUCAAUGUAUGUAGACUGGAUCAAGAAAGUCAUGGAGAUGGCAUAGCUGGCACUAAUCACUCAUCCUGCGUUACAGUUUAUUCAGUGUUAGCAUUUGCAAACAGCCGGAAAAGGAUAUCGUCUCUGCUCAACUCAAGUCAAUUCAACAUUACAUGUAAUCUUCAGAAAGAAGAAAUUAUUAUAUGAGUAUUAAAUGUCUGCUAUACAAGUUAUACUCAAGUUUAUUUUACUAAAUAUUUUUAUGAAUGUACUUAUAUCCAUGUAUUGGAACAACAAAGGCAAUGCUAUUAUUUUUGCAAUACACUGAAUACAUUUGGGUUUGAGCUCAAAGAUGAAUAUGAGAUUACAGAUCAUAUUUUCAGCUUUCAUUUCCUAAUAUUUACAUCUAGAUGUGUUAAACAACUGACAACAUGGUGUCUUCAAAAAGUAUUGGUUGUUUGUUUUGUGACGUUUCUCCUUUCAACUCCUCCUUAUGAGUUGAAAUGUUGCUCAAUUGGGUUAAGGUCUGGUAAUUGACAGUCUAAAACCUUAUAAUUUUUCCCCCUGAUGAAGUCCUGUAUUGUGUUUUGGAUCACUUUCCUGCUGCAUGAUGGAGCUCCUUCUACUUUUGGGUUGGAUGCAUUUCUCUGUAGAUUGGCAGACUCAAUGUUUCUGUAAAGUUCUGAAUUCAGUCUGCUGUUAUCAUGAGUUACAUCAUCAAUAAAGAUUAGUGAGUCUGUUCCAGAAGCAGCCAUGCAAUCCCAAGACAUGACGAUAUCUACACUGGGCUUGACUGAUAAGCUUGUAUGUUUUGCAAAUUUUGUGUUAAUCAGUGAGUUUUUUCUUUUUCAGUACACACCAAACUAUUGUACUGGCUAUGCCCAAUACUUGUGUAAUACCUCUGAUUGAUUUUCUCUUUUUCUUAGCUUGUAAAUGUUUUGCUUUUCUCCCAUAUACAGCUCCAGUGUUGUAUAAUAAACCAGUGUUUUAUAUGUUCUAAUAUCUUUGAGGACUUGAAAAAUGGGGUUUAAACAAAUGAUGCCAUGUUCUAAAUUGUUUAACACAACUACAGUAUAUGUAAAUAUCAGGAAAUUAAUCUGAAAUACCGAUCUAUCAUCUCAGAUGCAUCUCGUAAAACCCAAAUGUCUUCAGUGUAUAGCAAAACACAAAUAAUUAAUCACCAAUAAAUCGUGUUGUUCUAAUACUUUUGCAGAGAACUGUAUAUGCUGUAUAAGUCAUGCUUAUCUGCUCAUCUAAACAUACAUCUGUAAAGUAGAUUUUCACUUGCCAAAACUUAUUUAUCCUUUAUUUCGUAACCUUUAAAAAUAGUCCUGAGAAAUUUCAGGAACACUUCACUUUGUAGCUUUUGUUGCAGCAACUGCUAAAGUUAUCUUAAUAAAAAAAAGCUUCAGUUUUCA